UUGAGUGUGCGCGCGCGUGUAAGUCUCGCUCGUGCCCCUAGAGGGCUCGUCUGUUUCUCUCUGUCAGUGAGUGUGUGUCUGUCGGUUCUUCGGGUCUGUAUGUGAGUUCGAGGUUCGAUCAUCAUCAUGUCCUCCGCGGGAUCAUGCGGAACGGCACCGGGACCGAAUCACGGCGGUUCUUGUCCCGCUACCGGCACGUCAAACCCGCGAAAGUUCAGCGAGAAGAUCGCGCUGCACACGCAGAGACAGGCGGAGGAGACGGCGGCGUUCCAGCAGGUCAUGAUGGACCUCACCUCCACCCGGGUCCAGGCACAGAAGGUCCGAUUGGCCAGAACUCAGGGCCCGUAUUACGGCGGAUCUCUGCCCAACGUCAACCAGAUCGGCAGGAACGCCUCAGAGCUCCAGGGCUCGUUCCACUCUCCGCUGGAUUCCAGUCGCUCCACACGGCAUCAUGGUCUAGUGGAGAGAGUGCAGAGAGACCGGCGCUUCGUCUCUCCCAACAGACCCUACAGGAGACAAAUGGACAACUCUCACAGCAGCUCUGUGUAUCUGUCUCCACCCCCUGACCCCAGCUGGAGAAGGAACUGGAACAGUAACUUUCCAUCGGACAAGAACCAGAUCUUCCAUCAGCUGCCCACCACCGUGCUCAACAGGACGAACUCUGAUUCGGCGCUUCACACCAGUGUGAUGAAUCCUCCGGCUGGAGACCCGUUCGCCGGACUCUCUCUCGCUGCGCAGGGCAGACGGGCCGUGUUCUCGUAUCCGGUUCCUCCCAUCGAGGAGAAUGGCCCGGAUGACGGACGCCUGCUCAAACCCUGGGACUCCAGAAAGCUGCCGCUGCUCUCUUCACGACCAAAGUCCUGUGAGGUGCCUGGAAUCACUGUCUUUCCCUCUCCGGACCAGCAGGGCGGCGCUCCUCACGGCGCAUCAGUGUUAAAUACGGGCGGCUCUCUGCCGGAUCUGUCCAGCCUGCACUUCCCGUCUCCGCUGCCCACGCCGCUGGACCCCGAGGAGCCCGGAUACCCGUCGCUCAGCGGCGGCAGCAGCACGGGGAACCUGACCUGCACCCUCACCCAGCUGGGCAUCAACAGCUCCAACGCCUUCCACUCGGCCGGUGUGUGUUAUUGUAUCACUGCCAAAUGUCUGCUGCCGUCUCUGCAGGGCACGUUGAGUAACCCCUCCCUCCAGUCGUCGCUGAGCAACCCCAACAUCCAGUCGUCUCUCAGCAGUCACUCGUUCACCAACUCGCUGAGCUCCGCCUCCCUGCACUCGUCCCUGAGCAACCCCUCCCUCCAGUCUUCGUUAAGCUCCUCCCCCUCUCUGAGGUCAUCACUCAGCAGCCAGUCGUUGCAGUCCUCCCUCAGUAACUCCUCCCUCCAGUCGGCAGCCAGUAAUCCCAGUUACGGCGGCUCAGGGUCCUUCGCUCCACACACACCUGGACAGGUGCAGCCGCAGCUGAGCACGUCCCCCCGCAGACGAGCACAGCUGUCCCCCGUGAUCCUGCCUUCGGACACACGCCGACAUCACCCCAAACAGUUCUCGCCCACAUCCUGCUCCCUCAGCUCCAUCACACAGGGUGUGCCUCUUGACACCAGUAAGCUGCAGAUGGAUCAGAGGUUGUCUCAGUAUUCUUUCGGGCAGCAGCAGGUUCAGAAAGGUCCUGUUCCUGCGCAGACGGGCGUCCACACGCACCGCCCAUCAUCACAGACUGCGCAGCUUCACCAACACAACAUGCAAAACCUGCACAAGACCCAGAACUUCCAGAUGCAGCGGCCCAAUCAGAACCAGAACCCUGGGAGUUACGGGUCUGUAGACGCAUCGCAGCCGGACUCGCAGACGGAGCAGCAGACGGGUCAGAACCGGCCGCUCCCUGCUCUGCAGCAGAUCAGCGAACUGGACCUGUACAACGACACCAUGUUCCUGAACUCUCUUCUGGACGACCCGUACCUGGACCUGCAGUUAUCCAGCCGCCAGAACCAGAACCUGAGUCUGAGCCAACAGUUCAGUCUGGACUCUCAUGAUCUGGGCUCUGGUUCAGUGAAGGCUCAUGGUCAGCAGGGGGCGCUGGAGCUGCUGGAGUCCUCAGAGCAACAGAUGCUCUCUCACAACCAGUGUCAGACGUACUCAGACGGGCGGCACACGGUGCCCAACAUCAUCCUGACGGGAGAUUCUUCAUCAGGACUGUCCAAGGAGAUCACGAACGCCCUGUCGGGUGUCCCAGGGUUUGAGAUGGACCCGUUCUCCUCCGACGACUCGCUCCGGAUGGACCCGCUGGCGCUGGAGGGUCUGGGCAUGCUGACGGACGGAGACCUGAUGCUGGCCGACCCGGCGGUGGAGGACUCCUUCCGCUCGGACCACCUCAAGUGACCGGCGGGUUUGUGAAUGUCCCACAGACGAACGCGGACGUCAGCGCGCAUGUGGCACUUUGGGUCGAGCGCCGGCAGGUUUCGUAACUUGCGCUUGAACUGUGAGCUUCUGCCCUUUAACUCUGCACUUCUCAGACGAUCAAACCCGCACGCUCCUGUUACAGACAUCACAGCCGUGCCUCCGCCCAAACGUCAGUCCCAGCAUGCACUGGACCACACCAGGUUAAUUCACACAUGCACUUAAAGCUGAAGUGUGUCAUCGUUGUGUUCAGAUGUUCCUGAAGAGGGAAACACUGUGACUCGGACUCGGCCAAUCAUGUGAGUCAGGGGGCGGGACUAUCUGACUGACUGAUCAAUAACAGACGAGGGGAGUGUCUGUCUGGAAACACUGAGUGGCUGUGUUCAGAAUGGCAUAUUCUCAUCCUGCAGCAUAUACUGUGCUCUGUUGUAUCCCAUGAUGCAAUUGUGCUGGGUAGUAUCUGAUUACAUGUAAUCAGAUUCCAAAAACUAAAUACUUGUAAUUAGACUACAUUACGUUUUAAAAUACUCACAAUCAGACUACAGUUACUUUUUAUUGAUCGCAUGAUUGCUUAAUAUUCACAAAAUGGCAGUAAAUUAUUCAGAAUUCAUUGAUUCUUCCUAAAUCUUUUUUUUUAAUCUUUUAUCUUAAAAUAAAACCCUAUUGCUUGUACAUGUUCAAAAGUUUUGUGGAGUUGCACACAGAGACCGGCCACUAGUCAGGUGACUAUAAUUGUUUAAUAAUGCCAUACUGUUUGCAAACUAAUAUUCGUGACUUGUGUGCACUGCGCAGUAUUAUGUUCUGAACACAGCCACUGUCUGACACGCGUCUCCUUUAACACAUGAAAUCAGAUGUUGUCUGUCCCAGCAUUCAGUGUGGUCAGCAGUUCUGGGCUUGAUGGUCCUCUCUGUAGAUGAAAUCAUUCAGUGCAUUCACAUGUGCUGAACAACUGAGAGCGGAAAAGACCAAAUAUAUCUGCAUACGUGUGUAACGUCCGCUUGUGUGUGUGAGUUUGAGAGUGUGUGUGUGUGUGUUAGGGGUUGCACCGACGCUUUAAGCAUGAUGUCGACUAGUCGCUGAUUAUGGCCUAUAGAGGGCGCAGCAGGAUAAGAAAUCUUUGAAGUACACACCGCUCCGUAUCCAACAGUAAAUGACAAAUAAAUGUAUUCUCCAUACUCCAGAUGCAGACAAAAGAACUGGUAAAAAAAAAAUAAUAAUAAUAUCAUGUAGAGAAAUAGGCUUGUGGGAAACACAUUUUUGCUUUCAAAAACGAGAAACAGGCAGUGGAAUGGAGAAAAAACGCAAGGUCCCGAGACACGUUUAACUGAUUUGAACUUAUUUUUAGAGCGUUUUAGACUGUAAAAAUUUAUGGACGUAGUGUCCGUGACGUCACCCGUAGAUUUCUGAAGAGCGUUUUUGAAGCGAAAAUGAGGCCGCUGCCAUCUUAGCAGCGCGUCACCGCACGUCACUCCUAGAUAACUGAAAAUGGGCAAAGAGGCGGGACGUGGUUGGAACUGAGGUGACUGGUUACUGAAACCACGGCCGCCUAGCUCGACGUGAUCAUGUUGGCAGGCAAAGGAGCUAUCUAUCUAUCUUAGAUACUAUCUGAAAUAUUAAUAAAAAUAAACUAUAUCAUUUGAAAGUUCUAAAGGUUUACUGUCAAUCUACAGUGUCUGUUUUACGAUUUAGAUGCUCCAGCAACAGUUAUUAAUUUGUGUCAGGUGUGCAAAUGACAACACGCCAAAUCAAACGGGGCUUCAUACCUAUAUAAUGAAAUCGUGAUCCCGAGAUCAAUCCAAUCUGUCGCACUUAAUUGGGUAAAAUGUCCAUGAGUGUCCAUUGAAAAACAAAAAACAGUACUUUUUGUCCACAAAAGCGUUAAAUACAUGAAAUAUUGAUAUAUUGUCCAUUGUUUGCAUCACAUUUCUUCUGAACGAUCUGCUCUCCAUCGUCGUUCUUCAAGAAAUUAUGCAACCUGAGCAGCGUUUAUGUUGUAAAACUGUAUAUGAUCGUACAUUAGACUCUCACAAACAUGAGCCCGCGUCCAAAGUAUAGUUUUUCAAAAUGCAGCAGUUUUAUUUAUAAUAUCCAAGCAGUGCUGUCAGAGUUUAAUAUCCUCCUGCUACUGUCAUUGUAGUAAAUCUCAGGAACAAAACUUUUCGCCAAUGCCACGAUCCAACAGCGUGUUCUGUUUAUCUUCCGCAUGUGAGCACAUCUGUCUCGAGUCUCGACCUUUAAUGCAGCAAGCCAUAUCAUUUUAUAAUUGUAUAAAAUAAUCCUGAAAAAAAAGCACAAACACGGCAGAGAUGCCAAAUUCAGCGGCUGGAAUUAGCUGAGGUGACGGCUCACAGACAGCAGCGGCAAACCUGUCACUCAAGUGACCACGCCCUUAAUUAUGCAGAACUUUAGGGCUUAAUAUAAUUUAUUUUAAUAGAAUUUAAACGGUUUGUUAUAAAAAAAUUCACCCUCCUCAGAGUUGUCAUGAAGGGCAAAAUUAGCAGUAUAGACCAAAACAACAAUUUGAUCCAGGCUGUAAACAUGUUUUUUUCUGCUGUAAAGUUGGCCAUUUUAACAUGGGACUCAAUGAGAUUCUGCUCUCUUUUGCGGCCUGUCCCUAGCGGCCAGUCGAUGAAUUGCAGUUUAAGUCACUUCCGUACUGGCUUAAAGAGAAACUGGGGGAGGUUGCCGCUUGCGUGUCAUGCAAGAUGCUGCAAAAGACUCAAGACGUGAGCUCUACGGUCAUACACACGUCCGUCUAGCACAUAUUUACAUAGAAAACAAUGGAAAAGCAACGCAUUGGAAUGGAAAAACGUGUUCUGUGUGAAAGGCCCCAUAUUUAUUCAUUAAUGACGCCAUCAUCGACUAGUCGACGUCGACUUUAAUCACAUAAAUGUCGACUUUAAAAAAUCUGAAGUCGUUCAACCCCUGUGUGUGUGUGUGUGUGUGUGUGUGUGUGUGUGUGUUUGCAUGCGUGUGUGUGUGUGAUCAGGUUUACUGCUCGUCUGCACUCUGUCCUGCCUGUAUUUGCACGAUUAUUCUCCUGACACAAGGCCAUAUUCAGAGGAACACGUAUUUUUAUGUAAUUAAAUACUGCGCACUAUGAGAUUUAUUUUUAAAUAAAGUUGCUAUAGAUCUAUACGCCCAUAAAUGUAUUUGUGUAUGGAAAAACAAACGUAUACGUUGAGAAAGGAUGAUGUUCUGAUGACAGAUGUUUUCAGGAGAAUCUCACAGAACCGGUUCACAUCUCACCCCCAAAACCAAAAGAAGGAAAUUAUAAAUGAUGUUUCGCAACAAGAAAUAGUCGAGUCAGCUUUAUUUCUACAGUACAGACUGAUUCACAUAAACAGGAACAUAACAGAAUCAAUGAUGCAAACGAGUUCAAAUAUUCAUUUUCUUGAAGGAAAAUCUAAUUUCUCAUUUGUGAUCCGAGCGUCUGUGAGGUUCAUCUGUCAGUGAGCGUUCGGGUAUCUGAUGAUCCUCACUGACCAUCAGGUCAUCUGUUCGAGAUCUGCGGAUAGAAACUCUUGCCUUCUCUUCUGUAACGCUGCCUUUGUCUUUUGCGCGAGACCACAAUGCAUCUGGCCACGAGUGUUGAAGCUCGUGUGUGUUUGCGGCGCUUCAGCAGGUCCGGUGGGUUGUGGUGUUGGACUCAGCGCAGGACGCUGCUAGUAAAACACGCUUACUGUACGCUGUGGUAAAUGUGUGUUAGUCGAGCUUCGGCCGCAGAAAUAACGCGAGAUCGAUUAAAUGCAGUUUAAAAUGGAGGACCAAAGCACUCGAGAUGAAAUCAGUCAGCGAUGUAUUUGCAGUACUUUAGUCCUCCAUGUUUUUUAUUUUUCACACAGAUGAGACAUGAAUCUGAGGGUUUGUUUGAAAUCUGAAUAUAUAUUGUAAUGUUACAGAGGCACGUGUGUGUGUGUGUGUGUGUGUGUGUGUGAGAGAGAGAGAGAGAGAGACGUCUGCACUGUCAAAUCAGCUGUUGAGCAGCUCAGGUCUGAGAUAUUAAUAUAAAUAUAUAUAUGUGUCUGAAAAGAACAGCAUCCUUCAUCUGUUUGUGCUUCAGCUCUUCUCCAUCUUAACCAGCUUUUGUCUGGGUCGAGUAUGAAAAGAAACAAAAUAUUCGCAUUCUAUUUUCAGAUGUACUUUUACAAGUGUUGCUCUUCAUUUUUUUGUUGUUAUUUUGAUAACCAGGGAAAGCAUGUAUGUUGUAAAUAAUGUCCUUAAAGCAUAGGUGCUUCUAACAGAGCGUUUUUAAGACUGUAUCCUCACCAUAUUUUACAGAAAAAUAAAGGAUUUAAGUGAAUAUG